CGUCUUUCAAUUCUCUCUCUGCACGUAACUGGACAAGUAACUACCGAUCAAGGUCGCGCCAGUUUUAACUUCGCCCUAAAUUGUCCCAUCAGUCUCGUAAAUUUUCAGAAAUUUAAAAAGCAUUUAACGGCAAAUCCAAAAAACCGCAUCUCGUCAACAGCCGAAAGAAGCCAUGCUCGGUGUUGGAGAAGAAACCCCUUCCAGGUUUGAUUUACUUAGCAUGGUUAGAAAGCACUCUAAUCUAUUGGGGAAAACGGUGGUGGAAGAAGAAGAUGCCUCCGACAUUGAAAUGGACGGUCAAUUUUGGCACGACAUCUUCGAUCUGUAUUUCCUUCGGGGUAAGGAAUCCAGACGACUCCAAGACGACGAUCUCUUAUUUUUCGUGAGAAAAUGGAGGGAACAUGAUUUUAAUGAUAAGAACGGUGUUGCUCCUUACUUUGUUCGCAGGUGGGCACCUGAGGUAAAACGAAGUCAAAACCAACUUGAAUAUGCAUUGAGUUUCUUUUUUAAGUUGGUUGAUUCCUUUUUGCUUUUGUAGUUUUCUUAGCUUUUUGGUAUAAUGUCCUUGGUGAAAUUGUGGCCUAUCUUUCAUUCAUGUUAGAUGUAAUUUUCUAUACUUCUGUGAACCAGUGGAUAAAUUAGUUGGUGAGAGUUUAUCAGAGGUUGAUUGGAGGCGCUCGUUUUACUUGAACAUGAUUGCCCAUACUUCGUACUCUGUACGGUGGCAAUUUGCAGGUUGUGAAGACUGUUUAUGCAUCUCCUAGAUGAGUAAAUUUUCAUUUGAACUCAAAAAAGGC